GUGUCUCAACAUCAACUUGGCUCAGUUUUCCGUCGACAGAAGGAUGGUAAUGGCCGGCGAAUGUUCGAGCGAGACGAGGCGCUCCCGAAACACCCUCACAACCAUCUGCUUGACCAGAAGACAUCAACUGCCGUUCUUCAGCCCACCUUAACCAUGGUUACACGCAGAUUGGUAAAUAUUGCAAGAAUAGACGCAGUCAUGUGGGCCGAUUCUGAUGGAUGGAGUGGGGGUGUGGCUUAUUUGAGGGGAUGGACCAAUCGAGGCGGCCAUUCUGAGCCUGGCUUGGCCCAUGCUCUUCUAAACUCAAAUGGUGGCGGUGAUCUCGAGAGUGGCACGACUAUUUCGACAUGUCAAAUCUGCGCCAGCCAUCCUCACAGCGAGUCGGUUAAAAGCAGCCAGACAUUGCGUCUGAGAUCGGCUGCAUGUUAUUCCGUUGACCAGAAAAGUCGACUUCACUCUAUUCGAUGCCAGCCAAAUCCUCUUUGCACUGGUCUACAGAGAAGAUGUCAUCGAAAAUCAACUUGA